AUGACCUCAGUUGCAUCUGACGACCUUGCCCAGUGGAACGAGACAGAUGAGUAUCUUCAGAUGAAAAGGAAACUCUUCAUCCCUGAGGACAAACAUUUCUCAGCAACCAUCUUCGUCCAGAUCCUCCGCAUCAAACACAAAUGGGAAAAGCUGCAGGAGCAAGGCGCUGCUGUGCUGCACCGCAGCAGCAAGGAGGAGGAAAACUCUGUUUUCGGCUGCCAUACAAUUGAAGCGAAGGAUCUGGAAAAAUGCUACAAGGAAUUCAGUGACCCAAAUGUCACGCACCCAACCCAACGAGCCAAGGACUUGAUGGUAGCAUGCGGAAUGGUUUCAAAGAAGGGCACCCGAGGACCCCCGCGCCCUGACAUCCCUCCACCGAAGACCUCGGGCUGGAAACGUGCUGUCUACUACUCUGAGUAUGUCUACGAUGCCAAGACAGCGGCCGGAAAUGUUCAUCGCCACUUGAAGAAUGGAUGUGAAGCUUUCACCAGAGAGGAAAUUCACCCUGACACUCCUCCAUGGAAGAAGCAGAAGUUUUCCAGCCAGCAGUCGCUCCCAUCCCCAACAGUCUCGCCUGAGCCAUCGUCGCCAUUUCACUCACCGGCGUCAUUUUCUGAUUCCUGGUCCGAGUUGACGUUGCUUGCAACACCGCCGCCGUCCCGGUCACUCCUGACCCCGUCCCCAUCGUCGCAGCUGCUGUCGACGUCUCUGCCCCCGACCAAUUUCUGCGGAGCAUGUUUCAUGGAGAUGUGCCAAAAUCAUCCAGGAAGCUGCAGCACUGAGCACCAUCCUGCCUGCCGCCGCCGUCUCAACUUCGACGACAACACGGAGUACGGAAUUUGA